AUGACCUUAAAGGAAGGGAACUGAUCACUCUCAUGUGGCUAUAGAGACAAUGUCCUGAUCUCCCAGCAACCCAUCCAAAAUUUAAAGAUAAAAUCAAACUCCAAAAAAUCUCACACACUAUAUUAAACUGCACCCUCCAUUCUCAUCCACCCUCUCUAUCUAUCUCUACCUUUUUCCAUUAUUUCUUUCUCCGUUUAUGGAAACUAAUCGCAGCAGCACUGAAAUUCAUGCAACCUCACCAUUAUCAGCCCAUCACCACCGCCCCCAUACCCUCCACCGCCGCCAUGACAUUCUUUCUCCGACCACCAUUCUUCUCAUAGUCAUUCCCCUCAUCAUUAUCAUCCUCCUCGUUGCAAUUCUCCUCCUGGUUCUAAUGCUCCGCCGCCUGCAAUCAGCGAAAGGCGGCGGUGGCGGAAAUGGGGAGACUAAUGGCGUCGUUAACAACCGGAACUGCCUCUUCAUUUCCCAUAGCACCAUUAACAUCAAGUCCAGCCCAGGAGAUGGGAGUGGUGGGUGCCUAUAUGGAAGCAGUGUGGGACGUGAACCGCAGGCUAAAGUGAGAGGGAUACAAGUGUUCACAUACAAGGAGCUAGAGGCGGCUACUGAGAAGUUCAAGGAGGCAAAUGUUAUAGGAAAUGGAGGGUAUGGAGCGGUGUACAGAGGGGUCCUCAGAGAUGGGACUGUGGCUGCGAUUAAGGUGUUGCAGAGGGAAGGCAAGCAAUGGGAACGCGCUUUCCGCCAAGAGGUGGAUAUACUGAGCCGUUUACAGUCCCCAUAUCUGGUCCAACUUCUGGGCUACUGCGCGGAUCAACGCCACAGGCUGCUCAUCUUCGAGUACAUGCCCAACGCCUCAUUGCAGCAGCAUCUCCACCCGGCGGCCGCCGUGCUGAAUUGGGGCGUCCGGCUGAGGAUAGCGCUGGACUGUGCGAGGGCGCUGGAGUACCUGCACGACCACACUGCCCCCUCAGUCAUCCACCGCCACUUCAAGUGCACUAAUGUCCUUCUGGACCACAAUUUUAGGGCUAAGGUUUCUGAUUUUGGGCUUGCAAAGAUUGGUUCAGACAAGAUUGACGGUUUGAUUUCCACUCGCGUCUUGGGGACCACUGGAUACUUGGCCCCGGAGUAUGCUUCCACGGGAAAACUUACCACGAAGUCAGACGUCUACAGCUACGGCAUAGUCCUUCUAGAGCUCUUGACGGGACGCGUGCCAGUCGAUACAAGGCGGCCUCCUGGAGAACAUGUCCUUGUUUCCUGGGCACUUCCAAGACUUACAAACAGAGAGAAAGUAGUGGAAAUGGUUGAUCCAGCACUAAAAGGGCAAUACUCUCUCAAGGAUCUAAUCCAGGUAGCUGCUAUUGCUGCAAUGUGUGUACAAACCGAAGCGGAUUAUCGUCCCUUGAUGACAGAUGUUGUUCAGUCUUUAGUACCUCUUAUCAAGACUCAAUCUUCUUCCUGUCCUAAUUCAUUUAGAUACAAUAAUCAAAGCACAAAUGCCAGUCCACUCUAGUUUGGAUUUCAUGAUAACUCUGCUCUCAACAACUCAGGUAGUUCUGAAGAGAUUUAAUUUGACCAUCAAAAUGUUGUGCA